AGUCCCGAAAAGGGGCACUUUCCAGCAGCUGCGGCCAGCGGUGCCGACGUCAGGCCCUCCCCCAGCGGUGCUGACGUCGGCGGCCGGGCCGGGUGACCUCACCGCCCCGACGGCAGCCGGGCCGGGGGCGGGGAGAGGCGGGGGCGGCCCCGGCGCAGGCAAAGGCUCGGGGGCCGGGGCGCGGCUGCUGCAGCUCUCGCCGGAGCCGAGCCGAGCCGAGCGCCCGCUGCGUGCGCCUCCGCGCCAUGGCCGGCCUCAACUCCCUGGAGGCGGUGAAACGCAAGAUCCAGGCCCUGCAGCAGCAGGCGGACGAGGCGGAGGACCGCGCGCAGGGCCUGCAGCGGGAGCUAGACGGCGAGCGCGAGCGGCGCGAGAAAGCUGAAGGUGAUGUGGCAGCUCUGAAUCGGCGCAUCCAGCUGGUGGAGGAGGAGCUGGACAGGGCUCAGGAACGGCUGGCCACGGCCCUGCAGAAGUUGGAGGAAGCGGAAAAGGCUGCAGAUGAGAGCGAGAGGGGAAUGAAGGUGAUAGAAAACCGGGCCAUGAAAGACGAGGAGAAGAUGGAGAUCCAGGAGAUGCAGCUCAAAGAGGCCAAGCACAUCGCUGAAGAGGCCGACCGCAAAUACGAGGAGGUAGCUCGUAAGUUGGUCAUCCUGGAAGGAGAGCUGGAAAGGGCAGAGGAGCGUGCAGAGGUGUCUGAACUAAAAUGUGGUGACCUGGAAGAAGAACUCAGGAAUGUCACUAACAAUCUGAAAUCGCUCGAGGCUGCAUCUGAGAAGUAUUCUGAAAAGGAAGACAAAUAUGAGGAAGAAAUUAAACUUCUUUCUGAUAAACUGAAAGAGGCUGAGACCCGUGCUGAAUUUGCAGAGAGGACGGUUGCAAAACUGGAAAAGACAAUUGAUGACCUGGAAGAAAAACUUGCCCAGGCCAAAGAAGAGAACGUGGGCUUACAUCAGACACUGGAUCAGACACUAAACGAACUUAACUGUAUAUAACCAAACAGAAGAGUCUUGUUCCAACAGAACUCCAGAGCUCCAUGUCUUUCUCUUCUCUUGUAAGAAGUUUCUUUUGUUAUUGCAUCUUCGCUUUGCUGGAAAUGUCAAGCAAAUUAUGACCAAAUAUUUUGUAUCAGAGAAGCUUUGAGCACCAGUUAAAUCUAAUUCCUUCCUUUUUUCAAAUGGCACCAGCUUUUUCAGAUCUAUUUUUUUUUCUCCUUAAGUUGCAUUUAUUCCUAAGGUAGGCAGGGUAUUUCAUAUUGAGCAUACUCUCUCAAGACUGAGGGCACAUUUGGUUCCUGGGAGAAUAGACAACCCCACACUUUCACAAACACAGCCUCCAAUAUCUAGUCACGGGCCAAUUUAAAAUGCUGAAGAAUAGAACUGUCUGGGUCACCACUGGUCAAACUACAGGAGACUAGGGACUGUCACACGGGUGGGGAUUUUCCAUCCAGAGCAAAUAAAAGGGGGAGGGAGCGCUAUUGUGGGAAGUCAUAAACCACAGGUAGAUUAACCUAGUCAUACUGGCCCUUCUCCACACUCCACUGUGCAGAACAAACAGCCUCUUGAGCAGUAAGUAUGAGAAUGCUUGGGAAACAGUUGCAAUAAUUGCCCAGAUAUUUUCUGGCUAGACCCUUGAUGUUACAUUCUUCUCCGUAUUCCUUUCAUUCUAACAUUAUUCUCUGAGGACCAAGUGUCUUAGUCCAAUAAUGACCCAUGUUUUUCUGCUCAGAUAUAAUGCCAUCCACUCAGCAGGAAUAUGGUAGAGUUCAGUCCUAUUCGGGUCAGCUAUAUCAAAAAGACUGCCUGCUAUCAAGAAACUGGGCAAAAGGGUUUUUUUCUAUUAGCAGAAGGGGCUUCUCUGGCAGCAGAGCAGAGAUAAAAAAUUGGCCCAACUUCAUUCCCAUAUUUCAGAGAAUGGCAAAUUGAAGAAUUACUUAUCUAGGACUUUAAUUCUUUCUUCAGGACCAAGUUAAUAAAAGACCAAGAAACUCCUGAUUAAACUGGAUAUGGAGUAUUUUGUAGACAGGGCUGCACAUUUUGGCUUUGUUACAUUUGUUUUCUCAGUUAACAUCUCAGCGCUGAAACAUUCCACAUUCCCCAAGUGUGGGGGCCGAAUCAAGUUUACAAGUCUGACUGAAAAUCACCCUGCUUCUAGCUUAUCUGAGCUCCCUGCCCCUCACUCCUAUUUAUUAAGCAUCACACUACCCAGGAGAUACACUAGCAAAUUGUGCAAUUGAAUAAAAUUCACACUUCUCUUUAGAUUCUUGCAACUGUAUCAUAUGUAAUAGUAUCACUUUUUCUACAUUUUGGUCAAAUAAAUUUUUACAUAAACUA